UGAGCAAUGGGUGUCCUGGAGAACUAGCAGGAUCCGGGACCCUGCGCCUCCUUGUUCUCCUGAGAAAUCGAGACUUGUCGGAUCUUCUCACUCGUGGCCCCUGAUCAGCCCUGACAGGUUGGUUUCUGGCUUUGAGACCAUUUCCUGUGGCUGCUAUGUGUUUUGUGUGGAAGGAGCCCCUCCCAGUCAUCAUCAUUGGCAAUGGCCCUUCAGGAAUCUGUCUGUCCUACCUACUCUCUGGCUAUACUCCUUAUGUGAAAGCCAAUGCCAUCCAUCCACAUCCCAUCCUGCAGAGGAAGCUGACUGAGAAGCCACAUGUCUCUAUCCUGGACCAGGACCUGGACUAUCUAUCAGAAGGCUUGGAGGGCAGAAGUCAAAGCCCUGUGGCCCUGCUUUUUGAUGCUCUCCUGCGCCCAGACACAGAUUUUGGAGGAAAUACUGAGUCUGUCCUCACCUGGGAAUACCAAGCAGAGCGAAUGAUCCCCCACCUGGUCCUGGGUCGCAACCUCCCUGGAGGUGCCUGGCAUUCCAUCGAAGGCUCCAUGGUGACCUUAAGCCAGGGUGAGUGGAUGGGGCUCCCUGAUCUGCAGUUUAAGGACUGGAUUCGGAAGAAGUGCAGGGGCCUGCAGGACAGCCGGGCCACAGCUGGGGACAUUGUCCAUUAUUACCAGGACUAUGUGGUAAAGAAGGGACUCAGCCACAACUUCUUCUGUGGCUCUGUGGUCACGGCUGUGGACAUUGGGAGCCCAGAGACAGGGGAAACCAGAAGCCAGCAGGACGGGAGACCCCUGUUUAUAGUGAGUGGCUUUAUGACCACCACGGAUGGGAACCAGCAGCCUUUCAGCUUCCGAGCCCACAAUGUGGUCCUGGCCACGGGAACAUCAGACAGCCCAGCCCGGCUAGGCAUUGUUGGAGAGGAUCUUCCCUAUGUUCACUAUGAGCUCUCUGCCUUAGAAGAGGCCAUGAAGGCUAGGGCUGUGACCCCCACAUCUGACCCCAUCCUCAUCGUUGGGGCUGGGCUAUCAGCAGCCGAUGCUAUCCUCUACGCUCGGCACUACAAACUCCCAGUGAUCCAUGCAUUCCGCCGGCCUGUGGAUGACCCUGGCCUCAUCUUCAAUCAGCUCCCCAAGACAAUGUACCCAGAGUACCAAAAAGUAUACCGGAUGAUGCGGGAGAAAUCUGUCUUCUCUUCCACUGCUUACCAAGGCUACUUGAGCCUGCCUAAACAUCAGCCCCUCCUCUUCCAGGAGGACCAUCAGGCUGUGUUCCAGGACCAGAAUGGGGAACAUAAGGUGUUCAGGGUCUCCCUUGUGCUGGUCCUUAUCGGCUCCUACCCUGACCUCUCCUUCCUGGCCCAUGGCGGUACUGACCUAACUGUGGACCCAGACCAACCGCUCAGUCCCAAGAGGAACCCCAUUGAGGUGGACCCCUUUACCUACCAGAGUAGCCGGCAGAGGAACCUCUAUGCCAUGGGGCCCUUGGUGGGAGACAAUUUUGUGAGAUUUGCGCAGGGAGGGGCAUUGGCUAUAGCCAGCUCCCUGCUGAAAGAAAAUAGGAAGCCCCCCUAGGGCUUCCCCUACCCACCCUCCAUGCCCCCAACCUCACAGCUCCAGCUUAGACAAGGAAGGAGACCUACUCAGUCCUGCCUGGUACGGUGACUGGGGCUCAGACAUGAGCCUGGCCCCAACAUGGGCCUCUCCUAGAGGGAUGUCUCUCUGUAGGGCGACUGUGUGAAUAUAAAGGGGGGGAGGGGAUGGGAAGGGCAGUGAUUCUAAAGACCAGUUCCUUGUUAAUAGACCAAAAUGGGAGGGCUGCCCAAAGGUCAGGCCUAUGCCCUGGGAAAAGUACAGUGUUUGUGGGUCUGGCUGGACCAGGGUCUGAGAAGUAUAUUUAGGGCUGACCAGCUCAAGAAUUUCCUGAACCCAAACUGGAGAUUUUUCAGGCCUCUGUAACUUCAGACUCUCAAGUCCCCAAAGCCUGGGCCAAUGAGCAACACUGGUUGAACUCAGCCCUAGGAGGUUACUGGCCUCAGCUCUUCCCCAGGAUUACAUCUUGAAUAAACCAAAUGGCUGCCAAAGUA